CACUUCUCUAUUAAAGAAUCCACAUAUGUUGGAGUAAAGCUUCACAAAUCACAGGCCAAACUCCCCCAUUUUUCUGCCCUCUUUCUUUCUCAUAUCUCUACUAAUGCCAUACACAUCACCAUAGUAACACAAGCUAAGCCGUCUCAAAUUAGUCUUUUUUUGUCACAUGUAUAACCUGUGAUCCUAUUUUCACCCUUAAUUUUACCACAUUGAAGUUGACACAAUAAACAUAAUAAGCUCCUUAUUUUACUAGAAUAUCCUACUAAAAGUGCUGUAUUCUUUCUAUCAUUUUUAUGUUUUCUGGGAUAUUUGGAUCUGAAAUAGGGUUUAAUUGAUGGAGUUAAAUAUGCUUGAUGCUAAAUUUCUCUCUCUUUCUAUUAAUGAAGUUGGUUUCAGAACUUCAUACCCUAGUUCUCUUAUUGGGGUACAUUCAUAUCCAAAGUCUUCUUCUUGUAAAGUUAUUUGUUCAAGGGCAUCCAAUUCAAUCACUAGUAAUAAAGUAAAUACUUCAACUUUGGUUUUGGAAAGUAAGAUUAAUGGAAUCAAUGAAGCAAUUUCAAGGACUUUGGAUUAUUUUGAUGAUGAAUAUGGAGGAGUCAUUGUUAACCCAGAUAAAUUACCCUCUAAUGCAAAUGUGUUUGCUUCUCUGCUUCAAUCAUCACUUUCUCAGUGGAUAAUUAAGGGAAAGAAAGGAGUUUGGCUUAAAUUACCAUCAGAAUAUUCAGAAUUUGUACCAAUAGCAGUAAAGGAAGGAUUCCAAUACCAUCAUGCUGAACGCGGUUAUGUUAUGUUGACUUAUUGGAUCCCUGAAGGGCCUUGUAUGCUACCGGCCAAUGCCUCGCACCAAGUAGGGGUUGGAGGAUUCGUUAUUAACGAAAAAAAUGAGGUGCUUGUAGUGCAAGAGAAGUAUUGUGCUCCACCCUUCGUUGGCUUUUGGAAAAUUCCUACCGGUUUCAUUCAAGAGUCAGAAGAGAUAUACACUGGAGCUGUUAGAGAAGUCAAGGAAGAAACCGGGAUUGAUACUGAAUUCGUAGAAGUAAUUGCGUUCAGGCAUGCUCAGAACAUGGCUUUCGAAAAAUCAGAUUUGUUCUUCAUCUGCAUGCUAAAGCCUCUUUCGACUGAAAUCAUGGUUGAUGAUCAUGAAAUUGAUGCUGCCAAGUGGAUGCCUGUGGUGGAGUUUGUAAAGCAACCAUGGAUCCAAGAAGAUAGCAUGCUUAAGAAAGUGACUGAUAUUUUCAUCGCGAGGAUGGGGAAGAAAUACUGUGGUCUUAACGCGCAUCAUUUGAUCUCCAAAUUUGAUGAUCGAUCAUCUACCUUAUACUAUAAUGUCAUCAACACUCAGGAUUCCAAUUGUACUGGAAGAUAGUAAGUUCCAAAGUCCUGUAUUACACUAAUUCACUUGAUCAUUAAUGCCGAGUCUCAAAUUCUCAGCCAUAUAAUAAGGUUGAUAUAUGAGACAGAUCCGAAAUGUUUAGUUUGGGAUCUUUGCUGAAUGAAUCGACAAAUAUUACAUGUAUCAUGUGAAGUAUAUUUUCCUGCUAUGUAAAUAUCCACUUUGAAAUAUAAAGAGGGAUAUUAUUAGAUGGAUAUGUAAGUAUGACUGAUGUAGAUAUUAUUUUGUAGAUAUAUUUGACAUGUUUGUUGGCUA